UGUGACCAGAGGGCUGUUACGAUCACUCUUCCACACUAUCUCAUUAUUUUUAUUUUGCUAAUGGAACUGCAACCUGACCUAGUUUCAAAGUCUUAUUUGCACAGACAACAUCAUGUUGUCUGAGAUUUAAAUGCCCAGCUGCUUUUUGACAUUCUGAAAACCUCCAUAUGCCAGAGAGACGCUCUUCUUAAUCAUAAUUUCCAGACUCAAGUAUCACCUUUUUGAUUGCAGCAGUGGAGUUAAAAAGGACACUGGAUAGAAAAACUUACUCUCUGCAAAAGAAGGCAUCUGCAGCUUGAAUAGCUUUGACCAUUCAUUCGAGGAAUACUGGAAUAAAUGAGAAAUUUAACAUGUCUUCAGCCAUCGCUGGCUACUACUGUAGCUCUGCCAGUCAUCUACUCUUUGCUGUUUCCUGCUGGAAUUUUUGGAAAUAUUCUUGCUGGAUGGGUAUUUUCCAAGCAAGCUCCCCCCAGAAGAACACAACACGUUUACCUGUCAAACCUUGUCACUGCCAAUUUACUUGUAGGUAGCACAAUGCCUCUCCUGGCUACCUAUUUUGCAAGGGGGUACCAAUGGACUUAUGACUCUGUAGAAUGCAGAAUAGCAAACCACCUUGGGGGUUUCGUUAUGCACGUCAGCAUGUAUGUUACAAUCAUCAUUUUAUGCUCGAUUGCUCUAAACCAGUAUGCCACACUGAAGAAAAUCAGUGAUGCAAAAUAUCCUCCAGCAGCCAAGGAAAACUUUUACAGAUGUGUACUUCAAAAGUUUCGCCAGCCAGAAUUUGCUAAGUGUUUGUGUAUUGUUGUAUGGCUCACUGUGCUCUGCAUAACAGUAGCAGCUAUAAUAUACAAUAAUGUCCAGAUAAAUGCUAUGGAAGAGUCUCAAAGAUGCUUCAACGUCACUGUAGAAGCCAGUAAGUUUACCUCAAUGCUUGCAGCUUGUCUGGCCACUACAUGUUUUUUUGUGUCUUUUAUGACAGUUUUGCUGUCAUACUACUGUCUUACCAGACAUCUGAGUGAAAUACAAAAAAAUACUUGUAUUGGUGAAAAACAUCUAAUUUAUGGUACAGUGAAAAGAAACAUUCUUGUCAUCCAGAUGAUAUUAACUGUCUGCUUUCUUCCAUAUCAUGUCUUUAGGCCAGUUUUUUAUCUACUGCUUCCAGAAGAUGACUGUCCAAAGUUAAACUAUCUAGUGGAAAUAAAAAAUUUCCUUACCUGUCUUGCUGCUGCUAAGAGCAGUUUAGAUCCAGUGAUAUACCUUUUGCUAGAUAAAACAUUUAAGAGAAGUUUGUAUGGCCUGUUUACAAAAUCAAUGCCAGAACAUCACAAAGAGAAAGCUGAUAUUUUCACUGAAGAGACUCCUGAUAUUUGAAGGAAAAUGGAAAGGUUUUCAGUAAGAUAUAAGUAAAAAUAAAUCAGACUGAUAUGAAAUGGCAAUCAUUUAAAUAAGUAACAUAUUAUUAGUAUUUU